AUGUGGCCACCAAGCUGUCUCCCGCCCAGUGCCAAGCGGACCAAAGCCGUGCUGGCGGCGACCUCCGCGACACAACGAGAAGCUGGAUGUCGAGAAGCUGAAUACAAAGAACCCGGAAAGCCGCUCCAGCUAGUGCGCAUGCGCCGUCGCCCGGCGUAUGACGACAGCAGUGAGUUUGUCAAUCUCAUCCAUUUUUCUACCACCCUCUUGCUUAUUGCAGACAAUUUCCAACAUCCAUCUUUACUUGGAGCUAGAAACUCACUGCAGCUCUCUCUUCCUGUGGUGAGUGAUGCCACUUCUCUAACAGGAAAUGUCUACAACUUUUCCAGAGCCUCAACUCCAGUUGACACUUUAGCAUGGUCAUCAAUCUCUGGCACCUUUUUCCAGACACUCAUGGGGAAUAACUACAUUUAUCAACCUUCUAGCACACCCAUGCUAUCAGGGAUUACUGGCCAGAACCAUAUGCCCACUUCCACUUCCUCCUGUCCCAGUGCUUUUGUAUGGGAUUAUUUGGGAAAAAAAAAAGAAAAGAAGUCAUCUGGACUUGGAGAUUUCACAGCGACUCUCAUUGACCAGGGCACAGCAGUCCCUUCAAUGGCUGUGACAUCUCGUUAUGUGGAUGCCAAUGCCAUAGUCACUCUGUAUCCAUCACUGUCUGCUGGUCUGGUUCAGGGGACACUAUCUCAGAUUUCAAAUCAAGGACAUAGCCUGUUACUUUCCUACUGUGAAAGAAACCAAGUCUAUUACUAUAGUUUAAGCACAGGAGUAUUUGUUUUCCGGAGACCUUGGUCCCUGCUUGCUAUCUCUUACGUUUCUGUGUCCUACACAGGAAGUCGGGCCUCUGUCCCUCAAUCAGAAAUAAUGAUAAUGUCAAAAGAGGUUCAGCCCACAAGUGUUCUACUACUGGACUCCACAUCUGGAACCUGCUACUUUGUGUCUGCUCAACACAUCACAGAAACUAAUUUUCAAGAUUUCAUCCAAUCCAAUGUUUCUAUUACAACUGAUAUCAAAGAUACAGAAACCAUCAAUGAGAUUCUCCUGCAGGAAAACUCAAUGGUCACUAAGCAUUCCACUGGUCAAGUCCAAAGGAACAAGCAUGAAGCCUUGGAAAGUGUGGAUGGAACUCCUGAGGUCAAAGUCGAAUGCCAGCCCCCAGAGCUCCUGCUGGAGGAAGAGGUGACUGUGUGCACCAUCCCAUCCAGUGACCAGGCUUCCGUGAACACAGACAAGCAUUCUGACAGCAAAUCUCCAAAAGCUGCAUCCAGCAAGGUCAGCAAAACUAAGAGCCAUGCACAGAAAGAGACCAAAAGGAUCAGGGAGAACCACCCCAAGAAAUGUGAUGAAACCAAGCAGCCAGGGAACAAAAUCAAAAAAGAAGAAAAGACAAGCAUUCCCAAGACCAAGCACAAGAGAAGUCACCCUGAGCUUAGCCAAGAGACCUUCAAAAGGCCUCGAACCAACCUAGGCGUGCAGAUGUGGGAGUCAGUGCAGGUUUUCCAUGCACUAGGGAAGAAAAAUGAGAAAAAAAAAGAACUGCCUUCCCCCAAGGCCUUGAGAAAUGCCAGCAGCACACAAGAAACCAAGUCCACUCCAGCUGUGAAAUCCCGGCUGGGUAUUCCCCAUGAGGGCAAAGGCCCUAAAAUUACUCAAGUCAAGAAAAGGGAUAGGAGUGAAAGCCAGUGUCCAUCACCAACCCAGGAUGAGCUGCCUCCACCUGGGAAGGUCAAGCUGGUUCCUUUGCCUUUUCUAGCCCCAGAGAAGCCUCAAGCUCGACCUGUUUCUCGCAGGCCACAGUCUCUGGCCUCCCGGAGACCCACUGUACCUUACCGUACUCUCCCUUGUUCUAACACAGCUCAGCCUACUGCAGUCAGCCGAUCUCAACCAGCUACUGCCAACACAUGCUUCAUAGCAUCACAGCCAAUUGCAGCCAAUAGAACCAAACAAGGAUUGACCACCACUCCUCAGCCUAGUGUGUCUCAGUCUACUGUUGCUCGGCCUGAACCUUACAAAACAUAA